AUGACUAAUCCAGUUACUGUUAAUGGCAUAAGAUAUUACAUGUAUUCUGACCAUGUUAAACUCGGAAAGGACGAAUAUUUAAAAGACGAUGGCGAACCCACAGCUGCUGUCAGCAGAACAGCUCUUCAAGACCACUUAGUUAUUGAAAAAUCUUUUCAAGGUCUUCCAAUUACUGAAUUAGCCGAAGAUGGCUUUUUUCGUUGCAUUUUAAUUACAAAAUUAACAAUAAAAGCUAAUAUUAAAUUUAUUCCUUGA